UUAAUAAUGUUAAUGUUAAUGUUGCUGCCCAACACUGGCACCAACCUUAACCUCCAGAGGCAAUGUGGGGUUCAGUGUCUUGCCUAAAGAAACGUCGAUAAAUGCGCGGGCAAGGUGGGAACUGAGACCGUUAUCUCCGAUCAAAGGGUCGACCACUGUACCUCUGCAGCCCAUUACACGAUUAUACUGUUAUCAGCUUCUAAAAAGUCUGUUAAUUAACAGAAAGUACAAAUAAAGUUAUGCAAAACUUUCUUAUGUCUAUCAAGUGUUAAACCUUUAGAAAAACCCAGUUUAAAAGAAAGGAAAGGUCAAUCUUGUGGAAUUAACCCAAACUCUCCUGAGAAAACGUGUUUACAUUUCAGUUAGCUUUCAUAGGUGUUUCCCAGCCUUUUUGUUUUUUAAGACAUUAAAUUGCAUUUUUUACAUGAUUGUAUUUCCCCCUUAUUGCCACCAGAGGGCGUAAAUUACACUGACUGAGAUCUAUGACAAUGGAUGCACAUACUUGCUUUAAAGUACAUGGGUAUUAUGUGAUAUCUAUGCUCCCAAAAGUGUUUUAAAAUGUCACCAGUAAGACAUUUAUUAUUGUUUUUAUUACUUGUUUAAUUAUUGUUUUGUUGUUAAUAUUACUUAAUGUAUUAAAUAAAUAAUUGUGUCUGCUGAGAGCUCUGAUCACGCACGGUGUGUGCGUUCACCUAGUCUCAUUUCCUGACUGCCAAAAAAAAGUGAGCGUGUGCGCGCGCGCGUGUCGGGGGAAGAAUAAGAGAGAAAGAGGGGGGGGGGGUAAAGGAAGAGAGAUAGAUAUGCAGAGCGGAGGAGGGGGAGGAGGGGGUGGCUCCUGAUACCAAGACACGGAAAAGCAGGGGAGGGAAGGAGAAACGGGGCUGGUGGAGGAAGAGGAGCGGAGAGUUGGAUGAAUCGGGGAAUAACAGUGUAGAGGAAGCGCGCAGAGGAGAGGAGGGACAGCACCCAGCGAUCUGGACAUCCCCUCCUUUCUUCUCCCGGCUGUCACAUCAGAUUUGGACACCGACGGAGCGUCACCGCGUCCGCCCCGGACCCCAUGGGGUAACAGAUGUUUGGAGGAACGGCUUUUGUUCAGCUACACAGAUGAACAACAGGAAGGAGGACAUGGAGAUCUCAUCUCACUACCGUCAGCUCCUCAGAGAGCUCAACGAGCAGAGGCAGCACGGCAUCCUCUGUGACGCUUGUGUCAUUGUGGAUGGGAAGAUCUUCAAGGCUCACAAGAAUGUCCUUUUGGGUUCUUCGCGCUAUUUUAAGACCCUCUACUGCCAAGUUAAAAAAGGAGCAGAGCCUCACCAUCAAACUACUGUCACUCACCUGGACAUUGUUACAGCCACAGGCUUCAAAGCCAUCCUGGACUUCAUGUACUCGGCACACCUCGCACUCACCAGCAAGAACGUGAUCGAGGUCAUGUCAGCUGCCAGCUACCUGCAGAUGACAGACAUAGUCCAGGCCUGCCACAGCUUCAUCAAAGCUGCACUGGACAUCAGCAUCCGCUCUGAGAUGGCUGAUGAGCUGGCUGACUUUGAAAUGGGGGCUGUUGCUGCAGGCUUGGGAGGAGGUGGAGGAGUUGGAGGGGGCGGAGGAGGACUAGGAGUAGCCGGAGCAGGGGUUGUUCCUGGAGCUGGUUUGGGAGGAGGAGGAGGAGGAGGAGGAGGUGGUGGGAUAGUGGGAAUGGCUUCUGAGGCCUUGGCCUCCAUUAUGUCAGGUCGCAGCACCUCCCCUUGGCUAGCCCGCCGCACCAGCCCAGCCAACUCCUCAGGGGACUCAGCCAUUGCCAGCUGCCAUGAGGGAGGCAGCACGUAUGGAAAGGAGGACCAGGAACCCCCAAAGAGCCAUGAGAGUCAAGAGGAAGCCUGCCAUGACUCCCAACCUGCGUGGCCGCAUGACUACAGGCCGAUCAACGUCAAAGAGGAGCAAGUUUCCCCUGCCUCAUCUUCUCAUCCAAGAGACACUCCUAAGGGAGCUGCUCCAAGCCAGUCAGAGCAAGGGGCUGGAGGAGCUGGGGGAGGGGUUGGAGAUGGGUCCUGGCAACAGUUGUCUGGAUCAGGACGGAGGAAGAACAGAAAGAACAAGGACACUGUAAGGCAUAUCACCCAGCAAGCUGAGAGGAACUGGGACCGAGAGAGGGAACGCUACAGAGACAGUCGGCCUGGGUCUCCUCUGCCAUCCAUGCUGGCUGUUGCAGGAUGGAACUAUAACGGGCAGGACAUUCCAGGGGCAGACGUGACCGAACCCAACAGCUCAGACAGCCGCGGGGAGCGCCUCGACUUCUUCGUCAAACAGGAAGAGGCUCUCACCGCAGAGCCCAGCUUCCUGGGCACCAACGAAAAUGAGGAGGCCAGCAGAGGAGCAGGGGCAGGGAUCUCAUCUGUGGCUAAUCUGAAGGCAGCGCUGAUGAGUAAGAACAGCCUGCUGUCACUGCGGGCUGAGAUGAUGGGAGAUGAUAACCCACUGCUGUAUGAGUACCUGCCCAAAGGAGGACACUCCCUGUCUUUGAAUGACUUCACGGUGAUCCGUAAAAAGUUCAAGUGCCCCUACUGCAGUUUCUCAGCUAUGCACCAGUGCAUCCUUAAGAGGCACAUGCGCUCCCACACUGGUGAGAGGCCCUAUCCCUGUGAGAUCUGCGGCAAGAAGUUCACCAGAAGGGAGCACAUGAAGAGGCACACACUGGUCCACAGCAAAGACAAAAAGUAUGUGUGCAAAGUGUGCAGCCGCGUUUUUAUGUCAGCAGCCAGCGUUGGGAUUAAACAUGGCUCCCGUCGUCAUGGCGUCUGCGCUGACUGCUCUGGCAGGGGCAUGGCCGCCCUGCUGGACCACAACGGAGAGGUGGGUGGCGACAUCUCCCCUGAGGAGGAGUUGUAUCCUGGGGAUCGUUUCCACGAUGACCAGGCGGAGUGUGAUGGAGACGGAGAAGGGGAGGAGGAGAUGAUGGUGGAGGGGGAUGGGGAGAUCUUAGGAGAAGGGGAAGAGGAGGGGGGCAAGUGGAAGGACUCAGGGAUGACCACUGAGGAACACAGAGCACUGGACAACGAGAAAGAAGAGAGUGACUCCUCGGUGCAGGAGGGGGAGCAGCAGAACGGGAGCGAGAAGGACUUCGCCUGGAUCUCAUAGAAUCUGUCCAGCUCACAUCAUGGGCUCCUCAACCAAUCUCUGAAGAUCUGCUGUGGUCUCUCAGGGAGAUUCCUCGGCUCUCUUUACCCACUCGUCGCUCUGUGGACAGGCCUUCCUUUGAAUGGAAAUGCUGUAGGGUGAUGCGCGACAAUGAUCUAACAUCAUUCUGAGUAACACUCAAAUGCACAGACACGCACAUGCGAACGCUAUUCUCAACCUUGACUGCCAUAAAAGAAGAGAGAUCAAAGAUGGUUUAACUGCAAGGCUUUUUCUGCUUACCUCCUUUACUUCAAAUGCAGUGUUUUUGUUUCCUUUUUCUUGAGGGUUCAGGUCAAAGUCUAGCAGUUUUUUGUUUUUUUUAAAGUUUUUUUUGCAAAAGAAAUCCAAGGACAUGGCUGACGUUAAACUACAACUUUGUACGUUUGCCAUCACAAUCACCAUGGAAACCAAGGAUCAUGGACAGAGGAGGGGAGAAAGCCAGGAAAACGGGUGUAUUGGUCCCUCCUCAGCUGUAAUGUUUCUGGGGACGCGUCUCUUUGCAAGUGAAGACAGACGCUCAAUCUAUUGCAAAGCGUCGGGGCACCGGAGCGCCCCACAGCACAUUGUUGAUGCAGAAUCCUACUGCCACAGACUUGCACUUUAAUGACAACUAAACUCCUAACAAAGCCCUGAACCCACAGUUUACAUUUUUGAUCUGACCUUUGCUUAAACAACUCGGUGACCGCACCUACCUUUAAGGAUAUACUUUAUGUCCUCUUGACUGUUAUCACAACACAGAAAUCACUGAAUCUUUGUGCAGAUUGCUGUUUAUAUGCCUUCCAGCGGGGUCCUCAAUCUUUUCUUUCAGUGUAAGUCCACCACGUGGUUUCUAUCGACCCAUUCCAACCGCUCCUGGAGAUUUAGAUGUACAUACAGUUCUUUGAGUCUAAAGGGGGGAAGAAUGAGACAGAGUGGCUGGACUAAACUUUUACAGUGCACGUGGGAGUUUGAAGUGGGCAUUCGUGUCGGCUUUAUUUUUUCCGAACUUUCACAAAUCGAGCACAAAUUGGACCUAGCCUUCAUCGACAGUCCUUUCUGUCUCUCUUGGCCGAGUGUCUCUCACACUGGACUUUGUGAUGAUAGGACCUGAGAGCCAAGUCUCUCACACCUACGGAGGAGCUGCCUUUGUUCUUCUCUCUUAUACUUCUUUUUUUCCCUCCUCUUCUAUCAAUCAUCCAACUCCAGUCUCUGGAUACAGAAUAUGCAGACUCUUUCCAUGCUUAAUCUUACUUUUAAUGAUAAAGGGUAUUUUUUUUUCCAACGUUGGAGAAGAGGAUCAAGUUUGUGCUUGAAAUUCAGAGUUUCAGUAUUUGUAAAGAGUGUGAUAUUAAUUUGUUAUUUAUUGAAAAAAAAAACAUGCUCGUGGAUUCCUGAUUUAAAGAAGGUAACUUCAACCUCUUGCUCUCUUUGUGUUGCGUGAAACAAAACGGGUGUUUGUAUGCAAGGAUGCGCGUCUGAAAAGACUGAUUUUUAUUCUUUUCCUUUUUGUUUCUAAGAUUUCUGUUUUUUUUCUGUUGUUUUUUUUUGGCAAACUUGUUAAUGACUCAAGUGAGGCCACCAACUUGUCUUAUUGUUAUGAAUAUUAAAACUAUGAUUAUUCUUGUUGAUGUUACUAUUAUUAAUUAUUAUGAAGUGCUGGAUGCUAGGCUUUAUUGUGCGUUUCUUUUAUAUGUGUUUUAUAUAUUGUGUAAAAAAAAAAAAAAGCUUUCAUAUUUUGCCUUGUUGUGGACAGCAAGCCAUCGGGCUUUUAAAUGAACCUUCUAUUGUGCCAGUUUCAUGCUUUCAUUUUUUGUUGUUUUCUUUUAUCAUGAAGGGAAAAGUCGCAUUACUGUCCAACUUCUGUGUUAAAUAUUCAAACCUAUAUUCAGCACAUGCUUUAGCAUCACUAAUGUACACUAAUUGAUUAAUAUAGAACCAAAAACAAUCUAGUACUUUGUCUACAUGAAGUGCUUUGUUUGAAAGUCCGUGUGUUGGUGGUUUUUUGGAUUUAUUGUUGUGGUAAACAAUUUUGUUGCUGUUUCCCCCCAUUUUAUUAUUUUUAAACCUGUUACUACUUGUCAGUUUGCUAAAGUGCACAUGCUAUUUUAUUCUUACGAACAUGAAGGGCUGUGUGAAAGGACCAGCUGGCUUUUGAAGACUGCAUAUUUCAAAUCAAGCAGAAUUUGUUUUCUAGUUUCUACUGUGCAACAGCUUGAAAGACAUACAAUCAAGCAGUAAUGCGGACUGACCGACCCCCCCCCCCAACACACACACACACAUACACACACUCACACUUAGGCUGCAGAUUUUUGCACUUGAGUUUUAAUUUUGUAACUUCAUUUGGAUAAAAAGAAAGUUCAGUGCUGCAACAGUAACUCUAGAAAAAUGUAUUUUUGGUUUUUGUGGUCGUACACACCAGGCCUUUCUGCUGCAGGUGCCAUGGACUGCACCCCCCCCCCCCCACCCCACCCCAACACCACAACUCUGAUUUUUGUGUUCUAGUGUAUAGAAUUUGAGUUUGGCCAUAUUUGUUGAAAGUUUUCUUUUUGGAUUAAAAAAAAAAAAGGAUGGUGGGGUUGGACUUAUGAAUGUCACUUUUGGAAGAGGCUGGUGAUCAGUGACUAAUCUCUGUGCUGUGGUGCUGUUCUGACCACUCAGACAUCUGGAUGUAUGCGUGACUCUCCUGCCCUGUGCUCUUCUCACAACCUGUGCCGUGCGUCCUCUUCCUCAUUCUGGGUUGUACUUCAGGAAAAAAAAAAUGUCUGCCAUCAACUCCUCAAUAUGUGCCUCUACAACAUUUCACCUGCAUGCUUGUGAGAGUGUAGCUGAUCUGGGACAUGACUAAACCUUUCUGCCAGUGGAAAGAGAGAUUACCAAGAUGUGGAUGAUCAGACUGGAGAUGUUUUUUUUCAAAGAUGAAACUUUGAGACAAAUCAUAAUGGGUGAAUUGAUUCUCCUCCCCACAGUGUGUCAAAUGACCUUUUGUGCCCUGAUCUUGUGGUCUUAACUGCAUGCCCGUGUUUCAUUUUGUCAUACCAAAGCAACAUGUUCGGCAUCUGCACACAACCGUCUCAUUCCACACAAUGCAAAACUGGAACCGUUUGCUUUACUGCAGAUGAUUAUGGGUAUUCUUAGAUGUGUACAAUUUGCAAUCCUCAUUUAGCCUGUACAGCUUGAUUCACACGUGCAAAUCAUGAAGCCAUAGAUAUGGGUAUGCCUAUACUAUAUUUCAAAAUUUGGCGCUUUUUACUUUGUUCUUCUAAUAAGAGUGAUGGUGUAUACUUUCAUAUAUAUGAAUUUAUAUUACUAUUAUAUAUUAUUUAUUUUCUCUCUCAAGUUUCAAAGGGUCUUUUGUUGGUCAAGGAUUGCACUUGAAGCUUGAGGUUUGUUUAUUUGCAAUGGGAAUACUGUUCAACAUAAUACUGACUUUAUAUUAUCAUAUUCCUGUGUUUGUAACAAAAUGUGCUAAAUAAUCAAAAAAAAAAAAAAAGAAAAAAAGGGAAAAAAAACUGUCCUGUUUUUACACCUGUUUUGUUACGGGCAGAUUUAAGUGCUCUUGUGCAAAGAUUUUUUUGGGUUAAAAAGUACUGAUCACAAAGCAUUUUUACCGUCAACCAUGAGCCUCCAGUUUUGAUGUUGGGACAGCCCGUCAGCGGUCCAAGUCUUUAUCUAAUUUCAUGUUUAGUAGAAGAAUUAGCUUGAAUAUUAUUUGCAAAAACCAAUCAGUCUCAAUAAAUUUUGAAAUUGCUGCUGUAAAGAAGUACUUGAUGCGUGUUCGGACUUUCUUUUUCUUCAAGUCUGUAGGAGCUGCUGUUGUACCUCAGACUGUCCACACGGUGGUGCUGCAGACAAGUCAACAUUUCUCCAAACAAAAGAACCCCACACCAGGGGUUUUUCCAUUCAGCUUUAUUUCUUUCUGUCACGUUACAUCACAUAAAUCACAUUAUGAGCAUCAUACAUAGUCAUCCAUCUUUUGAAACACUAGUCAAAGUCUUAACAUUCACGCAUUUACUCCAUGAGUGCAGCACUCUUCAGAAAGUGCUUUCUCGGUGCACGCGGGACAGCUGAUGCAGACCAGCGGCCGGGCCCACAUGCACGAGACAUUUUGCCAAGUGAAGACCCAAAGCUGAUGCUUUGUUUUUCCCCGCAAAGAGGGGAAAAAAAAACAAAGAAAAAAAAAUCACCCCCCAACAUCCGCUUUGAGUCGCUAGAUACUGAGAGCGGAAGUCUAACACGUAAAACCCUUCAGUGUUGCAUCUCCCAAAAGACAAAAAAAAAAAAAAAAA